AUGAACAUCUUUCGCGGCCUCCAACACUACUUCUCCGCCGGCGACGGGGAUCUGAAGCAGCUGCUAGACACACGCGUCUACGUGUGGAACAUCCCAGCUGGUAGCACGACAUUGACCGAUCGAAACCUGCGCGUAGGCCGCUCCACAACGCGCUCCAUCGAGUCCACCUGCAACUACCUCGACAAUGCGGAGUCAAAUCGCUAUAUCAUCUUCAACUUCUCACCGCUCAUGAUGGAGCUGGUGGAGGGGUGCCGUUUCGGCCAGGUGCUUGACUUCUCCAAGCAGUCUGUGGAGAACUACGGCCUGCUCAUGGAGGUGUGCUUUACAAUUCGGAAGUGGGUGUACGCUGGCGACACAGACAGCGGGUCACCCGUGGCGCCGCCCGCGUCAUCGCCAAUCGGUGGUGCAGGGGCUGCGAACCGGCCCACACAUUCGCACUGUGCUGUGCUAGCCUUCCUGGAGGAGUCGCCAGCAGUGGCGCAUCCGAAUUACGCGGCGAUGCUGGGGGCGUGCUACCUCAUCUUCUCCGGUUUCCCCACCUACACCGGCAGCGGCACGCUCGACUUCGUUGAACGAGAACUCGGCAUCCCCCGUAGCGUCUACCACGCGCCGUCGCAGGAGAGCUACCUGAACUACUUCCAGCUGCUCUUCGAGAUCCCAGUGCUACCGAACCCAAAACGGCUCACCCUGACACGCGUUUCGCUGCACAACCUGAGCUCCCUGGCAGAGAGAAACCUUGGCCUGCAGCUAGAUCGCGCAGACGGCCAAGCACCGCGGCUCUUCAGUGACCCCAACGCCUGGUGCCGAGGCGACCCCUCCACGCUAGAGAUCUACCUGGAUCUGAACGAGAGUGUACUCGGCGACUUUGUCCUCAACGUGUUCCUGUACGAUGUCCAGCCCAUCCACAGUCGUGGCGUGGUGGCGGAGUCCCACUCUUCCCCAGCAAGCAGCAGCCUCGUCGGCGGGGCCUUGUCGUCGUCAACGGAUGGCGUUCAGGCUCUGCCAGCGGCGUUACCCGAGAGGGCCCUCGUCGGAGUAGGCGGGGCCGCGUCGCCGCCGACAACGCGCUUCAUCACUGGCACCUCUAAGGCAAAGAAGAUAGUGCAGAAGGGGCGGCUGCUGCGUCUCGCCUUCAGCACUAUCUUCAUCCACCAGGCAACACACCGUGUACGCGUGCGGGACAUGGACUACGCAACUGCGAACGCAUUGCCAGACGACUUCUAUGCACAGCUGCACUUCACCGAGUGCGCUCCAGCCGACACAGAUGAGAACUACGUGAGGGAAAUUACCCAACGCGUAGAGCAGUCGCCGCAGCGCCAGAUGAUGCUCUCCCGCCCCGACCCCCGCGACCUCCUCGCAUCCGCGCGUGUCGGCGGCUACCGAUCCUCCAGCAGGUACGCCGCCGUUGAGGAGGAGUGUCAUGGAGGCGUGUACUACCGCAGUGACGGGACCAGGCGUGGCGGCGGUGCAAGCAUGGACCUGCGCAUCCGCCAAGAGCGGUCGCUGCCGCUGACCGGAGCCACAAUGCUGUACCUCCCUACGCCCUUGCACAUGAACAGCGAAGAUGAACGGCGCUUCGACAACGAUGACGACGUCGCGGAGGCUGAGCCGACGCUGAUCCGGAUGGUGCCGCAACCAGGUACCGUCGCUCGGCCUCGUCAGCCCACGCCAGAGCGCCUGUACGGUGGCGGGUACCCGGUAAUCUCUUCACAGCCCGUGGACGUUCAGGACGCAGCGCCGACCCCUUCCCCAUUUACGGCGGUGCUACCGCUGCCCCCGGUGAGCCGCACCCCGUUGACACACCUUGACCCCUCCAUGAUCGCCGAAGGGAACUCACCACCACCGCGCAUGGCGCCACAGCCAGCGGGGUUGCCACCACCGCCUCCACCGCCAGGUAAAUUGCUGCCCCCACCUGCGCCGCCCCCCAAACUCCCUCCUCCGCAGCCGCCGCUGACGGCCCCCGCUGGUCUUCCUCCGCCCGCGCCUCCGGCUGGGGUUCCACCACCACCGCCACCUCCAGGACUACUGAACAGCAAUGCACCGCCGCCCCCUCCUCCGCCACCUGGCGUCCCCGGCGGUGGAGAGGCUGCUGUGAAGCCAAAGUCACAGUACCACGGGCCGCGACUCAAGAGCUUCUUCUGGAAGAAGAUCCCGAAGCCGAGUGGCAUCUGGGCAGCGUCAGACCCUGACGACAUGCGCCGCGCUGUGAUUGACGAGCCCUUCCUGCUCGAACUCUUCAAGGUGAAGGCCGUCGCGCAGGCGAGCGUGGCCGAGUCAGCGGUGAAGAAGUUGGAGCAGGAGCGGCGCAGCAACGUGUUCACUACCCAACGGCUGCAGAACAUUGGUAUCGCCCUCAAGCGGGUACAGGUGUCGGUGGAAGACGUGUGCAAGGCCCUCAUCACGUGCGACAGCAUCAUUCUGCCUCCAGAGCUGCGGGAGACGCUAACGGCGGCACUGCCCACCAGCGAGGAGGUAACGGGGCUCACAGCGGAAAAAAAAGCGGGACGGGUGGUUUGGACAGACGUGGAGACGUACCUCUACACAAUGGCGACGACUGUGAAGGACGUGCGAGAGCGGCUGCAGCUCUGGACAGCUGCCGAAGAGCUUGAGGAUGCCGUCCAGUCCAUCUCAAACCUGCUAGACUCCGUCGACGCGGCCGUGUGCGCCAUCACACAGCGCAACGGCCGCUUUGCCCGCAUGAUGCGCAUGAUCCUGGCGUUUGGGAACUAUCUGAACCGCGGCACACCACACGCCGACGCCGAAGGUUUCCGCUUGGAGAGCCUUAACCAGCUCAACUUCGUGAAGAGCUCAGAUGGAAAGACCACAGUGCUGAUGGCGUUUGUCGUGUCACUCAUGGACGGCGAGCGGAGUAAACGUGAGCGCCGAGGGAGCACCACGAGCACACCAAGCGACGACGACAACGAUGUCGACGACGCUCGCAGCGUUCUGCGCUUCGUGGAGGACGUCAGCUGCAUUCGCACUGUGGCGAGCAGCCCGCUGCAGGACAUGGGACAGCAGGUGUCGCAGCUGAACUUCACGCUGCAGCGCAUGCGGCGUGUCGUCGAGGAGGCCAAGGACACGAAGGUCUGGUAUGACAAGAGGCUUCCAUGUGUGAAAGCGGAGGAGAUGCCGGAUGCCUUACCGGGCCUACUCACAGCAGCCGUUGACCGCUACUUGGCUAGGGUGGGGCAAAUCGCCCUGAGGUACCAGGAGCUGCGCGACGACGUGUCGGCCAUGAUGGCCACCUACGGCGAGGACCCCAACGCGGACGAGACCGUUAUUUGGGGCUACGUGCUGCAGUUCAGCAAGGACGUGCAGCGGUGUGUGGACACGGUGACCGCGACCCACCUGACGAAGCGGCGACUCAUGAGAACACCGGAAGAGACGGAGCAGACGCAGAGCGGAGCCAAAGCAGACGUCGCUGCGCCGCCACCGCCUAGCAGCAGCGGGCAAUCGUCAGGGCCGCGAGACGAAGUGAAGCGAACGCGGCUGCCGAAGCUUGUCGAUGAAGACGACAGCGGUGAUUAG